AUGGACACCGGGGGUAGCGAUAGUAGGCUGGGUGACCGCCGUGAUCCCUGUUGGUACAUUGACUCUGCGUACGCCUCCUCUCUCAAAGUUUCUCUUCGCUUGCCCACACGACAGUUUUUAGAAGAAAUCUGCCCAUCGUCUUUUCUUCAACACGAUUUAAGGAGAUUCGUCAUGGUUAAUGACGUCGCCACGUUUGACGGGAAUGGAGGCGGCAGAAAUAAACUCGGCGUCUCGUUUCGUAUGACAUCGUUUGCGGCGCCACUUCCUCCGCGGUGGGAAUGUCGGCGGAUUAUUUUCAAGUCAGAACCGAGGCCGGGGGAAUUCAGCGCGACACUUCACAUCGAGGUGUCCCGCCGGGGAGGUGCCAAAUGGCCGAAGCUCCACUUGCUUCGGCAAUCGACCGUUCGAUGCAGACCAGCUUCGACUUCUCAAGCGUUAGACUUCGCUCACGAU